CGCUGCGCUCCGAUGCAGCAAUGGAGUCGGUGUUGAUGUUUCCCAGCGAUUGAUAAUCGCGGCAGACCGGACUCGGCGUGGAGAUUCGCAAUGUCGGAUUAAUCGAGGUACGUCGCGUGUCUGUCGCCGAACAUUCGGUCGUGACGCCUGCACAGAAUUCCUCGCGGUCAAUUCCGCUUCGACGUUUCGUGACAGCUAGUGGUAGACUCGGAUCUCGUAUACGCGAAGUUUGCUGUUUUUAGUUGCACUUUAUAACACUUUUUGCACUCGAAGUGAGUAAACAGAUUCAGAGAAAAAUGAAGUAUACACGUUCUAUGCUCAGGGUCAGAGAGAAGAAUAAAUGCUAGGAAAAUAUAGUUAAUAUGUGACGAAAAGAAAGAGCUGGCCGAUAAAGUUUUACAUGUAGAUAUUGUAUUUAUUUUCGUAUUUUGAAUAAGACAUAUAUUCAUAUGUUGGAAGGUCUAGAAGGAAAGCUAUAAACGUGCGCAACUAUAAAUUAUAAGGGUAAACGAACAGAAUUUUAAAGUCUUUCCGACGGAUCCACAGAAUGAGAACUCUGACGUUGGUCGCGCACGAAACGCGCGAAGGACGAGUGGCGGGAACGUGGCGCAAGUUGAAAGUGCGCUCGGCGCGGCAGAAGCGAGCGUGAAAAAAGGGAGCGGACGAGGAAUCGAUGUUUUCUUAAUUAUCGACUUUGUGGUACCGAAGGUCACUCGUUAUCGUCGUCAAUAGUCGGUUGGCUGUGUUUAUCAGCGUCGUGCGCUGAUGAGAAAAAAUAAAUUCGCGUGGUGAUAAUUUGUAGAAUGUGAGAAAAGUCAGGCCCAUCACUCGGCCGCGACACGAUUAAAUUACUGUUAAGACGUUGGCAUCAUUUGAGUGAGUCUCUUUUUUGCUCUGAUAUCACUGAUGCGCAUAAUUGAUCUCUACGUUUGCUCACGACGAUGAGAACGCGACAAAGUAGCUUAAUAAUUACUCGAUAAUCUAUUCGAAUAUUAUCACGUAUUCGUGCAUUUUCAGGAUCGAGGAUCGAGGAUCGAAUGCGAAUCGUCACACGGUAUUGCUAGGAUCGUACGUUGAUACACGCUUCACCGUCAUCGGACCCGUGCGAGCUAUCAAGAACGACGAUACUGUUUCUUCGAAACAGAGAAACGUUUCUUAUCACCGAUUUAUUAUUUUAUUUCACUUAGACGGACACUGAAAAAUUGCUCGCGCCUUUGGCGCACCAUUAUCGCACUGCCGAGGGACGAGAGGCCAAUUAAUGUACGACGGAGAGUAGAACUCCAUUAAGAUAACUAGUCACCAUAAUAACCGGCCCCCAACUGCUGGAGCUAAAGAUUGAUCGGCAAUUACGGCCGCGCGGCUGUUGCCCACCGAACUGUUCUCAAUUGUUUGCACGUGUUCGCGAUUAUCUGCAUUGUUUGCCGUUUACGGCGGUACGAUUGUCCAACACCGUGGGUGGGAGAACGCGCAUCGGACUGCGCUAUUAUAUUUUGCAUUAACUACGUCGGCUACACCAUUAUCUGCGGCGGUUGAAAAAUACGUUCGUGAUAAUGCCAGGAACGUAUUUAUGAAUUUACGGUAUUUCGGAUAACCCGCCGAGAGAUACCCAGUUAUAUAAUUAAUGCCGAGAGUUAUUGGCUUGCACCUUUUCCGAAGACAGAAUAAAGGAAGAAUGAUUAAUGUCGUGAACAUCACGAAACUGGGUCUCGCGAAAACUAAACGUGAACAAUUUCGGGAUUAAUCUCUCUCAGGAUUUCAGCAAGUAAAUAACGACAAGUAAUAGAUAUUGGCUCAUCUAUUGGUUUACUUUUAUUUUCUAUUUGGGAAUACAUGGCCAUGAUUGUUUCAACUUUUGAUUGUCCGUUGAUUGAUCCGAUCAGCAGAUCGCGAAUGUCGAAGUUUAUCAGGAAGCUUGACGCCGAGAUCGAUUGCCCGUUAUCGCCUUUAUCGCAUGCAUCAUACACACAGUUUAUUGAUCUUUUUCCCGUUUUCCGACAGGCUGACAAGGGGUUAACGUGAUUCAUAACUCUUCACAACGGAAGAAAACCGAUUGGAGGCGCCUACAGUCCACCGGAGGCUCGACAAUAGUUCCUCCUUUUUCGUUGAGGAUAGUCGGUAGACGACGCUCAGCUCCGAAUUGAAGAUCCAUCAAAAACACCGAGCUAACGAGAAAGAGGAGCGUACUUGGUCAAGGCGCGUGAACAAACAACCCGAGCAGACGAACAGCGAUUAGAGGGAAGCUUGGUUGCCUUGAGAUAACGUGGAAGCGCGUAGGUUUCGAUUUCCUUUUUCAAGACGGCAAGUCGAGUCCCGUCAGUCGAAGUAACAACUAGUCAUCGCAUUCAGCUGUACAGCGUAAAUUCGAACCGAAGAGUGAAGUUUAUUGGAGAGUAGCGGCUUCGUCUCGUCUCUUCUGCUCGGCGUGAGGUUUACGAGCAGAUUGUCACAUGCCCCAAGAAGCGAUAACGAGCCAGUCUUCGUAACCGGCACGAGAGCAAGUCGGCCGAUAAGAAGCACCGGUGGUGGUACAUCGGGUCGUGUCACCGCGGUUACGGCGGUGACUUCUCGCACGGCGUCUCUUGUCGUUGUGGAAUUGGUAGUGGUAGUGACGGUGGUUUAUUAGCAGUGUUAGUGGCAGCGGCGACGACGACAACGGCCGUGGCGGUGAUAUCGUCGAGGAGCUCGGGGUUACUGCUCUUCAUUGCUCCACGUCUGUCCUCGUGAAGCUAUCCGAGCUUCCCACGGGAGGCUGCGAAUUGCUGAUCGGAUUCGUGGGGAUGUUAUGUAAGCCAUAGUCGCUUGAUAAACACGUUCGACAGUCUCGCGUCAGGAUCGGGUUCGUGCGGCAACGUGCCGAAACCGCAGUGUCGGAACCGCGAUGUUCGUCGGCAAUAUUGAGGCAGGCCACGGUCUUCUCUCUUGUUUUUAGCGCGAGAAUAAUUUUUGUGUCUGCACAUGCCUUUAUUGACGAUACAUUGAAGAUGCGCGAUAAAAAAACUGAAUUGUUCGAAUCGGGAAGUUAGGAUAACGUGCCUGAUUCGUCAAAGACGAUCUCCGUACAGCGGCCAAAUGCAGACCGACUCGUGUCGAUUUACUCAGUUCGACAUGAGGAAUCUCGGUCUUUCAGGUGAUCAAGUUACCUGGUCGAAGGAUGCUCGUCAGAGGCAGCACGAGGACACCCUAUACGCAUGGUUGAGCUUCGACGAAGUGGCGAGUUAUGAAGAAGAUGCACGAUUGAAAACCGAAGACUUGGACGAGGAGGACGAGAAGGAGCGCGAGGAGUGUUCAGGCAUGUCUACGGCAUCGGCCAAUAAAUUGCAGAUCCUGUGGGACCAUUUCAUUCACGCCGAGCCGCAGAGUUACGAGAAAUCAUCUUGGCUUGAUAUUUUUCUGGCGGAGUUGCUCGCGCAGAUUAAGGAAGGCAAAGACGUAAAAGAUGCCCUCUCUUUUUGUUCGGUCGGCGGCGGCGGCGUGUCAACCCUCGUCGCCUGCGAGUUGCUCUCGGACGUGCACGAGUUGUGUGGGAAGAGAAACAACGGUGACGAACUGGUUGGUCUGCGUAAGUACUUGGUCCAAGAUCGCGGUUGGCGUUGUCUGGCAGCAUUACACUUGUUGGGUGUGCGCGGUUUGUCUUGCGGUCGCGAGUUGGUCGCGCUGUUGGUCGCCCUAUAUCCCGUCGCGCUGCAAGAAAGAGCCAAUUCGGCCGCCGCGUCGAAAAAAUGCGACGACGGCGAGCUCGUCGCCCGAGCUUCGUCGCGCAACCAGUACGUGAGAUUUCACUGCAACGAUGAUACUGUUGACACGGUGGAUAUCGUACUGCACGCGAGGCGCAAAAGCGCAAAGGGCACCGGCAGUAAGGCUUUGUCUCACGAGGACGACGCACCGUCUCGCAGGAGAUUCUCCCGUAGACACGUCGUCGGCGCGACGAAAAUCCAACAGUCCACCAGUCACAAGCAGAGGAGCUCAUCGUUGAUGCUGGAGGCGCGACGCAGCACGCCGAUGGACGUGACGAGCAGCGAGUCCGAGCAACUAACGGACGCGAUCGAUCAGGCGCGUUCUCUCACUUUAAAAAUUCGCUUGAACCCGAUGGACUUCGAGUACUUCACGUCGAUCGUCCGGAGCGAUGAGGAACAGAAGUGGCAAGCCGAGCUGUACGAGCUGCCGCAGCGGCCUGUGAGGAAGACGCAACGUGAUUACAUCGACGAGAGGAUCCAAGACGUGCUGGACGCUAACAUUAGCAACUUCGAGAUCAGUUUGCUGAUUAUCCAACUGCUGCAAGGUUUACGUGAUUACGAUACACCCGCCGAGCAAACACCGGCCGUGCAGGUUCUUAAGUUCGCUCUGGACACGUUGUGGUCGCUGCAGUUUGGCAUAGACGGCAACAACCUCAGCGUCACAGAACGUGCCACUUUAAAAGCAGCGGCCGCCAGGCUGAUGCUGACAGCUCUGGAACGCGCCUUAAGGGCUGACGAACCCACCACGGCCGUCAUUCACAAUGGUCUACUGCCGAUGACUCUGAGGCUGUUGGAGGACGCCUGCAGUAAGCCGGUGGACGUGUUGGAGCCGGAGGAAGGUUCGCUACUGCAGGAAUUCAUUUUUGCUACCAUUUACGGGAUCGUCACGUUUCUCUACUGCUUAUUGCAUCAACGCGGCAGCAACGUCGACAAACUGUCGGACUUCCUCGAAUUAUUCCGGCUGUUCGUUGAGAGCCAGGAUGGCAAGCUGGUGGAGAGAACAGUGUUCGCGAUCGUCGAUCUGCCCAGCAUCGAUCCGGCCAAAUCAAUAGUUCGCGCCAAGAAGAUAAUCGAUAUGAUAGGCGCGCUAACCAGCAGCCUGAAACGCAUCCGCCGUGAUCUCUCGCACGUCACGCAGUGCCACAGAACGAAGCACAGAUCCUGCAUCGACAGCGUUCAAAGUCAUCAUCACUCGGACGUGCUUGGAACGCCGUACUCUCGACCGAUUCUCGGCAUCGUCGACAAGCAGGUUGACAAGCAAGUGUGCUGCAUCUCCUCCCUAUUCGCGACGCUCACAAAUCUGCUGAAGGAGUCUCACUUAUUCGUGAGCGAGUUGCGAGUGCGGCUGAUCAAGAUCACCACCGCCGCGGGCACGUGCUGCUGCUUCCCACCAAGAAUGCUCGUCUCGAGCAUCGUGGCUUUUCUCAGGAAACGCGACUCCUCUACCUAUGCAUCGGCAGUGGCAUUCCUGGAGCGCACUCUUUUCAAAGAGUUAGGCGCUUACCCGGCAACGGUAAACGCGUGCAACAUCUGCGACAGACCGGCGAAUUAUUCGUGGGACUUCCUGGAGGUGUAUGCCGAUCUUCUGUGCCCGAGCGAUCCGAAACUCUGCUACGUUGUGAUGGCACAUCUGCUGAAGGUUACACCUGGUUCCCGCUUUCACGUCAGGGAGCAGCUUCUGCUGAGAGUCUUCUACCCGACGUUUUUGCGCGCCAAGGUGUGUUAUGCAAGCGAUAGCAGCAACGCGACGGCCAAGUUUCUCAUACAGUCCUGCAUGUCCGUUAUGUCGUGCUUGAUCGUGAACGCGCAAAUGUGCGAGAAAUUCAUGGAGAUAAACGCUUUGCGUGAGAUACUGCCUCUGAUGGUGGACACGGCGUUCACGAGGAGCGUCUACGCGCUAUUGGAAGUCACCGUGACGAUAGAGAUUUGGAAACUAUGCUGCGAGGAGUCCAGUGAUCCGAAGAGCGUCGAGGCGCCGGCAACGGAAUCUCUUUUCGAGUCGCUCGACAGAGAAACGGACGAAUUGCUGAAGAAUUUGCGGUAUCUCGAGAAACCAGAAAUGGAAGAAGAAAAAGCCGACCAGCAAAGCGAGAAGGAUACAUCCGACACUCAUUCUGGCAUCCAGAAAGUCGACUUGUCUCCUGCUGAAGAUAUAAGAACUGAAACUGAUGAGGCGACGACAGAGAGCCUCGAUGCUGAACCAAAACUGCCUGAAAGUGAUAUUCAUCAUGAACAAUUAGAGAACAAGACUGAUACGAUAGAUACUAUAGUUUCUGAUCCGUUUGAGAAGCUUGAUACUCUUGCGGAGCAAGUCAUUGGAGUGUGCAAAGACGCGGACGCGUCACCUAGAAGGACCAGCCUGCAUCAGGCUAGUUCAGCUUGGAGGGCUGCCGCGGGCGUAGCGCUGUACAGCCCGAAAUUCCGCGUUGAACUGUCCGCGCAUCCAGUGUCGAAAAAAUCGUUGUGUUUGUUCAAAUUGUUAACUAUAGGCAUCGCUACGGACAGUAUUGAAGAUACCAGUAAAUCGGCGCAUAAGCUCUUCGAGGCCCUGAUUACGUGUUGUCUGACAUCCCCACUGUAUGAUUGCGACAUAGUCAUGGAAUUAGGGAAGACGCUGAUGGAAACCGGCGUAACGCUCGGCCGUGGACUAGCUGUGAUAGUGGACGCGAUGUUGAAGGUCUCCAUGCUGAAGCCAGCACAGGAAAAUUGCGUGCCGCAACAACCGCGUCCCAGAUUACCAACCAUGAUGUUGGAGACUCUACCGGAUUGCGGCGCGGAGGACAGUAGUACUGGAGAAUAUAUAACCGCUGAUGAUGGGUACGAAGCAGACAUCGAGGUACCUGGAAGGUGUUCCAACAACACCAUCUCCAAGAAAAACAGUCCUCUUGGACCUGUGGUAGAGCCAAGAGGUCACGCUAACGCGCAUCCCGCUUUAUGUUCAUUGGCGAUAGAUCUCUUAAUUCACUUCAGUGAGCAGGGUUUAGACUUGGAAAGAGGCUCGAUAAUAACUGGUGGAUUGAGAAGGGUUGCUGUUACUUGCCGGGAAAGUGCUUCAAGCUGUGCCGCCCUCGCCGCCUCAGGAACCAUCACGAAGAUAUUGAACGGUUUUAAAAACGUAUUUACCAAUAACGAUCCACGAUAUCGAGAUUUGCAGCAUGCGGCGUUGGAGGUCUUCACGUUGUUGGCAACACAGUCGAUCUCAUCCACGGAGCUAGUCACGUAUCUGUCCUUCUUUAAAGUGGAAAAGCCACCGAUGCUGCCGUUGCUGGAACCGUUGUAUCACUUGGUGCUGGCGGCGCGACCCCAACCAAACUUCAUCUUGUCGUUCCCCGUGCAGUGCGACGUGAAGGCACAGUCGGGGUCGAAAUUCCAGAUGGAGGAACACAAGAAUCUGGAGAAAGCCGAGAAUCUCGUGAACAAUUUCAAGAAGAAACAUCUCGCCGCGGGAAUUUGCAGUCCGUGGUCCGUGCACGCGGCAUGCUUGCCCAUUGGUUCGGAAUUAGCAUGGCCGGUAUGGUUGCACGGGUGUUCCGCCUCCAUGUGGCUGAGGGUGGAAAGAGGAUCGCCAAUCGGCGGUCGUGCGACAGCUUACGGUACCUCACCGCUGUUGGAUUCGGACAGCGAGAGUCUGUCCGACUGGGGUAUUCUUUCGGAUAAUUGGAGUCGGGAAGUCGUAGCAGGAUCCGUCUCGCCACCCACACCAACGUCGAUAAUACAUCUGCUGUCCAUCGGAUUCGAAUCGUUAGUCUUGGAAAUGUGGUUGGAUCUCAGAUCAGACAAAUUAAUUUUACGACUCACUCGUCCGGAUGAUAAGAUAAACCGAACGAUUUCUGAGACUUCGAUCAACGGCAUGCUACCUUCCGGGCGUUGGCAUCACUUGAGCUUAAAUUUUAAGGAUACCGUAUUGAAUAAGCACAGCGCUGUGGUUGAAGUCACGCUCUGGGUGGACGGUUGGAGAGAGAUCAAUGCUCGAUUACCGUUUGACGGCUUACUGGUGAGAAAGCCUGGUACUACGUGUAUUUUGCUAGGUCAAAUCGGAUCGAGCAAUGUUGGCGCAUGGUAUCUUGGAAAUUUAAUGCUCUUUAGGUGUCCGGUAUUCACGAAAGAGCGUGCAUUGUAUCUCACAAGUCUCGGACCAAAUUACACUAACUUGGCGGAUUGUAUCUUAAGCACAGUGAAACCUGACUUUGCACCUCUAAUCGCGUCCGGCGCACUAAAUGGCGUUUGCGAAGUGAAAUAUGAAGGAGGUAAGUUUGAUUUAAACCGACGAAAGUCCUACGGUGGUACUUAUUUGAGGCACGCCGUCGAGAAGGUAGUGCCAGAAACGAAAAUCGACUGGGAAACCGUUAUGGAUGCGACGAACUCGCAUCUCGGCGAGCUACAAGACAAUCUGCUCCUCUGUUACGAAGCUCAGAAUCCCAAUGUCGUGCACUUGUAUCCUCAGGCGAUCGCCAAUCCUGCUGCCGUUGUCAGAAAUAUCUUUCCGGGCCAACCAGGCUUCAGAGUAAUUUCGGCUCCGGAGCACAGGGUAUCGCAGCAGCCGCCUCUAUCGAUAUCGCCGAUUCUGUAUACUCGUUUAGAGAGCCAGCAGUAUCGCGGACUCGUACCCGCCGCGAUCUUAGUGGGCGGUGUACCAGUGUUUCUAUAUCUUUUCGCGAGGGUGGUUGAACUGAACUCCACCGAGGAAGAGCAGGCCUUGGCUCUGUCCACAGUCCUGCAUCUCGUUCGUAGUGACUCAGAACUCUUGAACCAAUACCGAUCGAAUGGCGGGACAUCACUGGUUCUGCGCGUACUUGAGUCCUCGAGAUGCUACGCGGGCAGGCACAUUCUGAAGGCGAUACUGGACGCGGCGUGCGACAGCUCGGCCAUCAUCAAAGACAUCGGCAGUGGUAAUCACUCGAUUUUCCAAAAUUGCGAGGCUGUUAUCACGGAUCCGGAAUUGAUAAAGGGUGCGCUUACCGCGUGGAGAGCCUGGGCGAAAUACGACACGUUGAACUUGCUGCUGCAAGCACUGCUGCUUCUACUGCGAGACCAACAUUCGCAGCGCGAGUUCAAUGCGUCACAGUUAAACAGGGUUGGCAUCGUAGAUGCGAUACUUACUAUGUGUAAGGAACAUUUUAUGUAUGAAAUAAAUGAUGAAAUGAGCGCCGCAUUAGACUCGAAUAUCGGAAUUACCAUUGUGGAACUGAUACGCGCCUUAAUGGGCGCACCGCCGGAGUUCGCUCACUUGGUCGCCAUCACCGACUACCUCGUCCUUGUUCACCAAGCCUCGGAAACUUACGUCACCCAUUCGCGACACAAUAUCUACUUUAUGUUGCCGCAAUUCAGGGAAAAGGGGACUAACUUGAAAACGAAUAGUAACGGGACUUCCUCCGACGACUCGAUAAACGUGGUAGAAAAUAGCAAGCUGAACAAGGCAUUGAUGAACGAACAGAUCCAGAAAACUCGAAGUCCCAAAAAGAAGGAUCGUAAGGAUCGUGCGCAGUCGAAGGAUAAUGCUAGUGCCGGGGACGAUUCCGGAAUCGCAGGAAGUGACGGGUCCAAUCCUCAGAGCAACGAAAGGCAAUCAACGUAUGCAGAUGAGAGAAGAGUCUGCCAAGGCUCGGUUUGUGAAGGACUAUUGUUGGUAUUGAGAGACGCUGUAAGAGUACUGCCAGACAGCCAAGUUGGGUCAGUGCUGAAGCACGUUUUACGGGCCGAACUAUUACUAGUUCUGGCCAACGAUCCCGAUGCCAGAGUUCGCACAGCAUUGAUCAAGGUGGUACAAACGUAUCUCCAACGUGCUAGCGACGAGGAAGUUAACAGGUUUAUAAAACAAAAGUAUUUCAUGCAUCUAGGAAAUCAGAUAGCAUUGUAUCCUGGCAGUGAACAGCUGGUUGUCGCUUUAGAAAACUUAGCUCUACGCGGACCGACACUGGCGGCAAUGCCGCCCUUAAUGGCGAUGAUCGCAAAGGCCGAAGGUUCGGAUGCGAACAUAGCAAGGCCGAUAAUAUCGUUUAUAACCGAUAUAAUAGCAAAGAACAUAAAUACGCUGAGAGUGCUUCUGGAGCAAGGCUUGAUCGAAUCGUUGGCGCAAGCUCUGGUCGGGGCGGCGUAUAAGGGUAAUUCGAUGUCCCUCCAUCGAGACAUUCACGUGCUGUUUGUGGCAAUCGCGAGCAAGUUGCUGGAACUACCAGGCAGUCAUCAGAUGCAAGCGGUGUUGGAUCUGCACGUGAUACUCGACUACGUCGAGCUUUCGGAGAAGCUACGAUGCCGCGCGAGCUCGAUUUGCACGGCUAUAAGGGACGCGCAGGUUGCAUUGUUCGAUGGCGAGCUGGACAUACUCACGACCAAGAUGUCGAACCAUUCGGGAUUCCGUCUGCGUAGCACGGCUUCUUACCUAGCUUCAGCAUCUUACUUGACUUCAAUUCUUACAACAUCCAGCGAGCAAAGCGACGGUUCUCGUUCGUCCAGCUACACGAGUUUACACGCGAGCUCCCCCCAAACGCUGCGGGAACCCGGCAAAGGAGAGCUGAACGAUCGUUUUCGCAUCAUCGUGACGCGCGCAGUCGAAUUUAUAACUACGGCGGACGCGUCGCCGUCUACCAACGAAUUGCAGCUGACAAGGAGACUGUUUUCUAUUCUUCUCCACGGUUUAUGCAGCCCGCUAGAGAAGAAACAUCACUGGGGUAGCACGUGGUCCGUCAGACCGGCUUUGAGAAAGUACACGGCCAGGAUCAUGGUGUGGCUGUUGGAACCACAUCAAAGUAUCAACACGAGAGUGUACGCCGUUAGAUCUCUAAUGGAGGAGCCGAAAGCUCGCGAAAUCCUAUCGUGCAUCCUGGAAGUCCACCCGCAGAUGGAGCAGAAAUUCACCGUAUUCUUCUGGGACUUGCUGCAAAAACGGGACGAAAUGCCGAGUGCCGAUGCCCGAGUAUGCGCCGAGCUGAGAGAAGCUCUGCGCGUGUGGGACCUCGCCAAAGGAAUUGAGCAAGCUAGUCCCGAAGUGUGGAAUGACGAGUUGGCUUUAUUACGUCGAGACUUGUUUCUGGAUCGAGACAUUUGCAUUGACAAUCAUCCAGCGAUAUUGAGAAUCGGCAAGAGAUUCGAUGCGUUGGCAAAACAGUUAACCGAGAGCGCCAUGACUAUAACGCGUUCAGUCGUGGAAGAACAAAACCGAGAGCGCAAAGUGUUAAUGGAACAGUUGAAACACACGCGGGCGUUGGAGGCUCAGGCGGUGGCCAGAUGGAGGGAUAUAGCAAAGCGAUUAACGCACGAACGGGCACCCUGGCACUUUCCCGAGAGUUAUCCGAGAAGUUGGGAAUUGGAUCCCACCGAAGGCCCUGCGAGAGUCAGAAUAAGACUUCAGAGAUGCCACUUGAACAUCGACGAAAGAUUCUUGUUGCCUGAACAUCAAGACAGCUUAGUUUCAUCCAGCAUCGAAGCACCAUUAUCAUACUUGUUUACGAGCGCUCGUGAGGACGCGAAUACCGCGGCGUUAAUUGAACGAUUGCACACGAGUGAGAAGAUACGCAAGAUGUCGCAGGCAAGGGUUGUCACACCCAGAGCCGAAUUAGCCGGCGAAGUCCUUAUCGGCGAGACAUGCGUAUAUUUCGUUCCGGACAAUCCCGAUAUGCCGUUGCACACAGACAUAGCACUGGGUGGUUUCGACUUGGCUGUGGCUGGCGGUACUGCUUGGCGUCUCGAGGAUAUUCGCGAAUUGCACAGGAGAAGGUACCAGCUGCAAGAGAGAGCCAUCGAGAUCUUUCUCAUCACUGGCAGAACGUAUUUGCUGGCAUUCAACUCGUCCAAGGAGAGGGACGAAUUCGCAACGGAACUGUCCGCUUGCAACCUACCCAGGCGAGUCCCCGGUGACGACUUGGGAGAAGCUCUGGCCUUAUGGAGGAGCGGUGCACUCACCAAUUGGGAAUACAUAACUCGUCUGAAUAAACUGGCUGGCCGUUCGUACAACGACUUGAUGCAGUAUCCUGUGUUUCCGUUUGUUCUCGCGGAUUACGUCAGCGAGAAGAUCGACUUGAACAACCCGAAAAUUUAUCGGAAUUUCAAACGACCGAUGGCUGUGCAAGAUAAAAAGAACGAGCAACAUUACAUAAAUAAUUAUAAUUACUUGAAGCAAACUUUAACAGAAGGAUUGAACCUGAUUGCCUUGAAUCAAGGACCAUUCCAUUAUGGAUCUCAUUAUAGCAACUCUGGCACCGUACUACACUUUUUGGUACGGCUUCCUCCGUUCACCAGCAUGUUUCUAUGUUAUCAAGACAAUAAUUUCGACAUUCCCGACCGAACGUUCCAUGCAUUAGCUACUACAUGGAGAUUAACCAGUUGCGACUCGACAACGGACGUGAAGGAGCUCAUACCGGAGUUCUUCUAUUUGCCAGAAUUUUUGUUAAACACUGAGGGAUUCAAUUUCGGCGUCCGACAAAACGGUAAUAGAGUUAGCGAUGUUGAAUUACCGAAGUGGUGCGCCGGCGACGCGCGUCUGUUCAUACUGGCGCACAGAGUCGCGCUAGAAUCGGACAUCGUCAGGGAAGUGCUGCCGUACUGGAUCGACCUCGUCUUCGGAUUCAGACAGACGGGACGGCCGGCGGUAGAGGCCAUAAACGUCUUCCAUCCUGCUACGUAUUACGGAUUUGACGUAGAGCAGAUAGCCGAUCCCCUAGAACGUCAGGCAUGGGAAACCAUGGUGCGAACUUACGGACAAACGCCCGCGCAAUUAUUCAGAGCUGCUCAUCCGUUGGUCCAAAAUCUCGGCAAUGUAACGCUGUCUAGUCAGAAAGUACCGGUCAUCGAAGGGAUCAGCGGUAUAAAAUGGGGAAAUUACGUUGGCGCACCCAGUAACGAGCCUGUGUUGUGCUGGAAGCACAAGCAUCGAACUCCGUUAGCCUCUCUAAUUCCCCUGGCGACCGGCGACGUUUUCGGCUUGCCUAAUUACACCACGCUUCUCCUCGGUUAUACGAAAGAAAAAGGUGGUAGUAUGUUAAGUGGCAUGUCGGUACUGGGCGCCGCGCUAGCGUCAUGGAACGGAACAGAUGGAGUCGCUAGAUUAAAAUGCAAGAAGGAGCAACCGCCAAGGCCUUUAAUUAAAUCCUUAGGCCUUGAUCCCAUCACGACACUGGGUACCGCUCCCGAUUGCGGGCAACUCUGGAUCGGGCAUUUGUCAGGCAGAAUUACGGUGCACACGUACACUAUCGGCACCACGGGCAAAAUCGAGUUCAGCUUGGCACCAGCCACGGUACUUUUAGCUCACAGGAAUCGCGUGACAGUGAUAUCUCUGUCACGUGUGUUCAGCAUCGCCUGCUCCGGCGACGGCAGCGGCGUUAUUGCUAUUUGGGAUUUGAACAGCUUAACAUACGUGAGAUCAGUAGUUUGCGAUCAAGGUUUUGCUGUACAUCUCCUGUGCAUCAGUGAGACCCUCGGGGAUGUAGCAGCCACUUACGAGAUUCCCACAACGGACGACACGAUUCCGACUGCCAACCAAUCUGAAAUGCGAGUUUACACCGUAAAUGCGAGGGCAGUGGGUUCAGUUUUGUCCAGAGGACAUAUAACGGCUCUCUGUUACAGCAAUGCCCCGGAAGGUGUUUCUGUCAAUGUUAUCGCGACUGGUUUGGACAAUGGAGUAAUAAGGUUGUGGAGCAGUUGGGACCUACGAUUGGUCAGAGAAAUAACGAGCAACAUGAAAGGCUGCGGUGCGAUAAUUGCAGUGGCAUGGGCUCUGGAUCAGCAUCAUUUGUACGCGGUCACUGAGGACUCCACUGUUCUCAUAUGGGAGGGAUCGAAGCGCCUCAGCAACGGUACUCCGAAAUUUGUCAAUUUAACGUCGCUCUGA